GCACUUUCGAGCGAUAAAAUCAGGUCACUUAUUUUCCGUCAUAUAGUCGCAAUGUCAGGUCAUCACGGUUCUCGGUCCUUAGCCGUGCCAUCCACCACUUCGCUGCACAUAGUUACCCAAUCCCAUUAAUAACAAGGUCUGGUAUCGGUACUCGACACUUCUAGCGGUCAAAAUACUUAAGCAUAUUCGGCCACGACACGGAACCGUUCUCAUGUUGACAGGCGGGCUAUGCGUGAAGUACGGGCGCCGUGUACAUUUAUCGGAAGCUCCAGCAAUGCUUUUCUUAUCGCGACAUACAUCUAUACCGGUACCAAAAGCUUUAUGUGCAUUUACUCAUUCUGGGUGGACGUACAUCGUGAUGGAAAGGAUACAGGGGGAUAUGAUUGGCAGUGGCUGGGUAAACCGAAGCGAGGAGUCAAGGGCAAACCUCCUUUCACAAUUGUGAAACAUGAUCCGCGAGAUGCGGGAGCUUCAACCUCCACAAGGCAUGGGGGUUGCUUCUGUUGAUGGAGGAUCGCUAUUUGACUGCCGCGUACCAGGCAGUUCCUUACGCUUUGGUCCAUUUAGGACCGUCCAGGACUUCCAUCAGCAUCUACGAAGGGGUAUGGAGUUUGAUUCCAGGCUUGAUCCUCAAAUUCAGAAUCUUAUCCAACAACAAAGCAAAUCUUGGCCUUUGGUAUUUACUCAUGGCGAUCUCAGCAGCCUGAACAUUCUUGUUCGCGGAGAUGAUAUUGUUGGCAUUAUUGAUUGGGAAACAGCUGGUUGGUAUCCGUCAUAUUGGGAAUACACUUCUGCCCACCAAGUCAAUCCUCAAAAUUCUUUUUGGGUGAAUGAGAUUGAUAAUUUCCUACAAUCAAUGCCUGAAGAGCUGGCGAUGGAACGGAUCCGUCAAAAGUAUUUUGGGGAUAUUUGA